AAACCCACUUUCAGCAAUGCACCAUUAACUGAACUACCCUCCUCCUCCUCCACCAUGGCUUCGGUCUUCCACAUGAACGUCUUCCGCAUCCUCGGCGAUGUCUCUCACACGGCCUCCAAAUGCAUCCUCAUCUGGGCCAUUCACAGCAACAAGUCGGCUGAGGGUGUCAGUCUCCUGACCCAACUGCUCUACUGCCUCGUCUUCACCACCCGCUAUCUCGAUCUCUUCUGGGUGCCGCCAUGGUUCAGCUGGUGGAACUUUGUGCUGAAGCUCUUCUACCUGGCCACAUCGGCCUAUAUCGUCUUCAUCAUGAUGCGCGUGUUUGCGCGCACGCGGGAAAAGGAGUAUGGGUGGAAGCUGGCCAUCUGGUCGCUGGCCGGGAGCACGGUCAGCGCGCCCUUGGUGUGUCUGCUGUUUGAGGGCUGGAAGAGGUCGACGCUGUCCGAGCUCCUGUGGACCUUCAGUAUCAUCUUGGAGUCGGUAUGCGUCCUGCCGCAGCUGCUCCUCCUUCGACAGACCAGCGUACCGACCGUGCUCGAUUCCUUCUACCUCGUCACGCUGGGGAGCUACCGCUUCUUCUAUAUCCUCAAUUGGAUCGUGAAGAUGUUCAGUGCCAACGAACACGUCGAUGCCACGAGCGUCAUCUUUGGUCUCAUUCAGACCGCUUUAUACGUGGACUUUGCGUGGGUGUACUGGUCCAGGCAGCGCGUGAAGCUCCGAUACGGCGGAGUGGUCGACAGCGAUGAUCUCAGCAAGAGCUUCAUUGUCAAGCGAUUCAUUGGAAAACGAGGCAACCAGAAUAGCAAUGAAGACGACGACAUUACGGAGGAGGAAGACCGGCUGGCAGAGCAGGAGAACGGAAACAUCAGGCCAGGGGCCACUCGCAGCCCAAGCGAUCGCUGGGGCGCCAGAGGUAUCAGCGUCUCUGCUGAUGAUACAUUGCAAGAGCAUCUCGACCAUUCGUCCCGCGAUGCACAGAUGGUGGACCCAUCUCACUUUGAAGACGACGACGACGACGACGACGACGUGGACAAUGUGCCACCACCGCCCGCCAAAGAUCCCGCACCCCAUUCAAAGGCAAGCGAGAGUGCGAGCAGUGCCGGGUCGAGUAGUGCUGCUGCUGCCGCUGCUGCGGUGCCUGACGGGGAGAGUAGCAGUGCAGCGGAAUGGGACAAGUAGGCGAGCGCUGUAUGUUCAUGAUACCCCCAACGGUCGGACCUUCUCACUACCUUAUGCGUGUACUUUAGGAUACAUAUAUGUCCUGUUGUACAACAUUCUUUCUUCGCUGAUUUGCAAGUGGCUCUUUUUCUUUCACCUCGGGGCCUUCUAUCACAUCACUCUCGCACCAGUGAAGACUCGAACAGACCAGAAAGCUACAAGAUGACUUCUAUGGGUUUAGCAACGAUCUGUAUACUACCACUGCCACUACUACUAAUACUACUAAAUGACAGUAUCUUCAUGA